GACUGAGUGGUUAUAGGUUAAACAUUUCAACUUCUAAAAUUAAACAUUUUAUAAGUUUCAAAAUGCUUUGGGGUUACGGGCCUGCAGUGGAUGUGCUGGAAGAAAUAAGUGACGUGAAAUCUGUGAUGUCAAAGAACGAAAUUAACAUUUUGAUAAUCGGCGCAUCUGAUGCGCGUCACAUUUUACAGACAAUCUCAAGAUAUUACAAACGUCCUAGAAAGAAAAUAAAUUUUUACGUGGCGGACGUAAUGCUAGAAAUGGUGGCGAGACAAAUUCUUCUACUACUAAUCGCGUUAGAGCCUCCAGAUGAACUGGGACUUUUUGAUAAAACGCGACUAUGGAUGGAGGUAUAUGGAAACAUUCUGGUUAGACCAAACACCAAUAAGUACAUAGUAAAAAAGUCAUAUCAGUUAGUGAAUAUGAUUACGAGUGAGGUAUAUCUGAACUCUAGACUACCGUUGGUCAGCGUGAGCAUGAUGAAGUACAAGGAAAGAGACAAUCUGGAGACGAUAUUUCAGUUUUGGGCGAAAAAUAGGUUCGAAAACGUGUUGAAGCUGUGGGACGGGAGGAUUCGGCAAAGUCUGGGGACGAGAUAUGACUCCAAGGAGGGUGUGUUCGACUGGGACUACUACAUGAGACUCAAGGAAAUACCAGAAGGGGAAAGAAUUAACCCCAGGGAGUACAAACAUUGGAGAGGGACAGGGGUGGCAUUUACUUGGCUGGAGUGCGAGGAGACAGAACCCAACCCCACGAUGGCGUCCGGUAUAGUCAAGCUGGGUAGCAGGUUACUGAACCACGGCUACCUGGGGGACAUCGUGUCUCCGCCCUACCUGGCUUUCGGAACUGACAGCGAGGACAAGAACCUCCUGGAGGUCAGAAACAACGUUAUGACACACAGGUCUACAGAUAUAGUGGAGGCUAAUCUGAGACGGAUGUUUCAUGAGAUAGCCACCCAAACACCAUAUGAGCCUCAAGCAGCACCGGAUCCCCACCUUGGUGCAGUCAUCACAGAGCUACCAGAAGUUCUAGAGGUGCCGGAGUGUGAGGAGAAGGUUGUAGACAUCCAAGAGGACUGUCGAAGGAAGGAGGACUACUCGGCGAUUUCCGUGCCCGACACCAAGGUUCACUUCCUCUCCACAAAUGCUCUGCUGGAGCUACCUCGGCGGCCGAGGUUCCGCAACUUCUUCGACGUGGUGAUGGUCUCCCAGAACCUCACUCAACGACUCAGUGAUGACGUCAUGUCAAUGGUCAGGCCGGGCGGAGUCCUUCUCGCUGAGACGAGAAAGUUCAUCACUGGGACGUCAAAAAAGGAGAAGGAAGACUUUGCCGAACAUCUGGUCCAGCUGGGGAAGGACCGCUCCUGUCGUCCGUUGCGGCCGGUUGAUGGCGUCAAUGACUAUCUUGCGAAAUUUUUGGUCGAACGGAAAGACUGAGUAAUGCAUCGCCAAACAUCCUGGCCCAUCGACGCAAAGUCUCAGUAAAACUGCAGUAGAGAGGAGUCAGAGAUCCAGUUUCCUAAGCUCUUGUAACAAUUGUUCAGGGAAGUUGUGUAACUGGUUCUCUCAGAAAUUCUCUACAGUGAAAGAGCUUUGCGCAGACGUUCAGGUGUUUGGCGAGGAAACAAUUUUAAA